AUGGAGGCGGCAGGCACUGAGCGCCCCGCAGGCUGGCCCGGGGCGCCCCUCGCCCGGACGGGGCUGCUACUUUUGUCAACGUGGGUCCUGGCCGGCGCCGAGAUCACUUGGGGCACGACGGGAGGUCCCGGGCGCCUAGUGUCCCCGGCUUCGCGACCACCAGCGUUGCCUCCUCUCUUGCCACGGGCAGCGGAGAACCGGUGGUCUGAGGAGCUGGCAUCUGCACGGAGAGCCGCUGCACCGAGACGCCGGUCCAGGCUAGAGCUACUGUCCCAGGCGAGCCGCGGGGAGAUACCGACUGAAGCUGCGGGAACGUCGCCUGAAGGCGCGAGAUGGGUCCGGGGCAUCCCAGCUCCCAGCCAGGCGGGCAGCGCGAGGAGGACUCGCCGGGCGCAGCCCCCUAGCACCCUGGAGCGCGGGGACGCUUGGGCUACAGCUCCCGCAGAUGGUGCCAAAGGAAGCCGUCCUCACACUAAAGGUUCCCGGGAGGAGGUGAAGGCGAUGCGGACUGGAGGACCAGCGGCCACUGAGGAGCUCCGGCUGCCCAGCACGUCUUUUGCACUGACCGGGGACUCAGCUCACAACCAAGCCAUGGUGCACUGGUCGGGACACAACAGCAGUGUCAUACUGAUCCUGACGAAGCUCUAUGACUUCAAUCUGGGGAGUGUGACUGAGAGUUCUCUGUGGAGGUCAAUAGAUUAUGGCGCCACCUAUGAAAAAUUAAAUGACAAAGUGGGUUUGAAGACCGUCCUCAGUUACCUCUAUGUCAACCCCACCAACAAAAGGAAGAUCAUGCUUCUGAGUGAUCCUGAAAUGGAGAGCAGUAUACUGAUCAGCUCAGAUGAAGGGGCAACUUACCAGAAGUAUCGGCUCACAUUCUACAUCCAGAGCCUGCUCUUCCAUCCCAAGCAAGAGGACUGGGUGCUGGCCUACAGCUUGGACCAAAAGCUUUAUAGCUCCAUGGACUUCGGCAGACGAUGGCAACUCAUGCAUGAGCGCAUCACACCCAACAGGUUUUACUGGUCGGUGUCUGGAUUGGAUAAGGAGGCAGACCUGGUGCACAUGGAAGUGAGGACGGCAGAUGGAUAUGCUCACUACCUCACCUGCAGAAUCCAAGAAUGUGCUGAGACAACUCGGAGUGGCCCCUUCGCCCGCUCUAUUGAUAUCAGCUCCUUGGUUGUUCAGGAUGAAUAUAUCUUCAUUCAGGUAACAAUAGGUGGAAGAGCCAGCUACUACGUGUCCUAUCGAAGAGAAGCCUUUGCCCAGAUAAAGCUGCCCAAGUACUCCUUGCCAAAGGACAUGCACAUCAUCAGUACAGAUGAGAACCAAGUGUUUGCAGCCGUCCAAGAGUGGAACCAGAACGACACCUACAACCUCUACAUCUCAGACACGCGUGGGAUCUACUUUACCCUGGCUAUGGAGAACAUUAAGAGCAGCCGAGGUCUAAUGGGAAACAUCAUUAUUGAAUUAUAUGAGGUAGCAGGUAUCAAGGGAAUAUUCCUGGCAAACAAGAAAGUGGAUGAGCAGGUGAAGACAUACAUCACCUAUAACAAAGGCAGGGACUGGCGUCUACUGCAAGCUCCAGACGUGGACCUGAGAGGAAGCCCAGUGCACUGUUUACUGCCCUUCUGUUCCCUACACCUGCAUCUACAGCUUUCUGAAAACCCAUAUUCCUCUGGAAGAAUCUCCAGCAAGGACACAGCCCCUGGACUUGUGGUUGCCACAGGCAAUAUUGGCUCAGAACUCUCCUAUACGGAUAUUGGUGUGUUCAUCUCCUCUGAUGGGGGCAACACGUGGAGACAGAUCUUUGAUGAAGAGUACAAUGUCUGGUUCCUAGACUGGGGUGGUGCUCUGGUGGCCAUGAAACACACACCUCUGCCAGUCAGGCAUUUGUGGGUGAGUUUUGAUGAGGGCCAUUCCUGGAACAAGUAUGGUUUCACAUUGCUGCCUCUUUUUGUGGAUGGAGCGUUGGUGGAGGCUGGAGUAGAGACCCACAUCAUGACAGUUUUUGGCCACUUCAGCCUGCGCUCCGAAUGGCAGUUGGUGAAAGUGGACUACAAGUCUAUCUUCAGCCGGCGCUGUACCAAGGAGGACUUUGAGACUUGGCACCUGCUCAAUCAGGGAGAGCCUUGUGUCAUGGGGGAAAGGAAAAUAUUCAAGAAACGCAAGCCAGGUGCUCAAUGUGCCCUUGGCAGAGAGUACUCUGGGUCGGUGGUGUCAGAACCCUGUGUCUGUGCGGACUGGGACUUCGAAUGUGACUAUGGCUAUGAGAGACAUGGAGAGAGCCAGUGUGUCCCAGCUUUCUGGUACAACCCAGCUUCCCCUUCAAAGGACUGCAGCCUUGGUCAAAGCUACCUUAACAGCACUGGGUAUCGGAGGAUUGUAUCAAACAACUGCACAGAUGGGUUAAGAGAUAAGUAUUCUGCUAAGACUCAAUUGUGUCCUGGAAAAGCUCCUCGGGGCCUCCAUGUGGUGACCACUGACGGGCGCCUGGUGGCAGAACAGGGCCAUAAUGCAACCUUCAUCGUUCUAAUGGAGGAGGGUGACCUCCAAAGGACAAACAUCCAGCUUGACUUUGGGGAUGGGGUUGCUGUGUCCUAUGCCAACUUUAGCCCCAUUGAGGAUGGCAUCAGGCAUGUGUAUAAGAGUGCGGGGAUCUUCCAGGUGACAGCCUAUGCAGAGAACAACCUUGGCUCGGACACAGCUUUCCUCUUCCUGCACGUGGUUUGUCCAGUGGAACAUGUUCACCUUCGGGUUCCAUUCGUUGCCAUAAGAAAUAAGGAUGUUAACAUCAGUGCAGUGGUGUGGCCCAGUCAGCUCGGGACCCUUACCUACUUCUGGUGGUUUGGCAAUAGCACAAAGCCCCUAAUCACCUUGGACAGCAGCAUCUCUUUCACAUUCCUUGCAGAGGGAACCAACACCAUCACUGUCCAGGUAGCUGCUGGGAAUGCCCUCAUCCAAGAUACAAAAGAGAUUGCAGUACAUGAAUACUUCCAGUCACAGCUCUUAUCAUUCUCUCCGAAUCUGGAUUACCACAAUCCUGAUAUCCCUGAGUGGAGACAAGACAUUGGCAACGUCAUCAAGCGAGCACUGAUUAAAGUGACCAGUGUCCCAGAAGACCAGAUCCUCGUGGCCGUGUUCCCAGGUCUCCCCACUUCAGCAGAGCUUUUCAUCCUCCCACCUAAGAACUUGACAGAGAGGAGGAAAGGCCAUGAAGGGGAUCUAGAACAAAUUGUAGAGACACUAUUCAAUGCGCUUAAUCAAAACUUGGUACAGUUUGAGCUGAAGCCAGGUGUCCAGGUCAUUGUUUAUGUCACACAGCUGACAUUAGCUCCCCUGGUGGACUCUAGUGCCGGGCAUAGCAGCUCUGCCAUGCUUAUGCUCCUCUCAGUGGUAUUCAUUGGCUUGGCUGUGUUUCUGAUCUACAAGUUUAAAAGGAAAAUUCCCUGGAUUAACAUCUAUGCCCAAGUCCAACAUGACAAGGAGCAGGAGAUGAUCGGGUCAGUGAGCCAAAGUGAAAACGCCCCCAAAAUCACACUCAGUGACUUCACCGAGCCUGAGGAGCUGCUGGACAAAGAGCUGGACACUCGGGUCAUAGGAAGCAUUGCCACCAUCGCAAGUAGCGAGAGCACAAAGGAAAUCCCCAACUGUACUAGUGUUUAACCAAGAAGCCACAUGGGCAAUCACCUUCCUGACUUUUUAUUUUUGAU